GUCACAAAGCGUGUACUUUCAAUUUAACCCAACUCUCUCUCUCUCUCUCUCUCUCCUUAGAGUUAAGAAGAGACCUCUCUCUGUUCAGGAAAUAAUAGAAAGAUAAAACAAGGACCCUUCAACUGAAGAGUUCUUCUCUAAAAAUCUAAAUCAAAUAACGGUCUUGAGAAUCCCAAGGCUCUAAGCAACCGAAGAUUAGCUCCAAAACCCUUGUUGCUGACAUGUUCUUUUCUUCCCUCAACCCUCUCCUCUCAGCUAAACAAUCCCUUCUUAUUAGGUCAGACUUCAACUUCUCUAAAUUUUACCAUGCAAAAUUUUUUUCUUUUCUAUUUUCUAUAGGUGAAAAGUCCAUUCUUUUUUCAAGAAUUCAAACUAGAAAUCAGUGCUUCAAGGACUCCUCUGUUUUUGCUUCAGGAUGAAAAAAAAACGAAGAAGAAAGAUUAAUAGAGUUAUAUUGAUGGGUUCCUAAAAUAAAAUUUUGCCCACCUCUCAAUUCCGAUUGCUGAAUAUGGGUUCUGUUAAUGCGUUUCUUUAUAAGAAAUUACUUCCUUUUGCAGCCUCUUUCUGGCUUUCUGUCUCCACUCUGUUCCUUUCUCUGCUUGGUUUCUUCGAUAGAACCAUGUUCAGAGUGAAGAGCGAUGAGAGUUUGGAGGCCAAGGAACCAAAAGUUGAAGUUUCUGAAUUAGAAGAAAAGGAAAGGCCAAGUCAAAAAGAAGCCAAGGAACCAGCAGUUGGAGUUUCUAAAUUUAUGGAGACGAAAGAAGUUGAUGAAUUAGAAGAAAAGGAAACACCAAAGUUCUUCUUCAAAUUUCAGUUUCAAACUUAUAGAGAAGAAGAUGAGCCUGUUCUCUCGAGUUCGGUACCUCCUCCAAGCACUAACAAGUAUGAGUUCUUGUCAGAGAGAGAUUUCAGUCAUUACUUGGAGGAGCCAGAGGUUGUUAGUCUUACCGUGAAAGAGUUGUAUGCGGGUUCUAAUGGUGAAUUUUUUGCCAAUAAAAAGAUUAUGGAGGAUGGGGUUUUAUCUGAUAAGGACUUUGCAGAAAAAGAAUCAGAAUCAGAAGCAGGAUCUGUUCGUGAAGAAAUAAAAGAGAUUUCUGCAGAUAGCAUGCGUGAUGAAUAUGAUGCUUCGAGAGAUGAUGAUGCUCCGUUGCUAACAGAGGACUUUAUUCUUUCAGAUUCUAUUUUUUCAAGCCAUGAGCUUAUGAGUCGUUAUGUAGCUUCAACUAGCAACGGGUUCUUGUCAGAUCAAGAUUUUGAUGUAUUUGGACAUGAUAUUUUGAAAAAAAUUGAUAGGCAGACGGAAGAAUCAACCGACGAAAAUUUGGAGUUAGAGUAUCUAGAUUUGAAGAAUUUGAAUGCCGGUUACGAGACCGAUGAUUUUGAUGAGGAAGAUAGUAACAUAAUGGAAGAGCUUGAAAAGAAAGAAGAGACUGCGCAGAAUCCGGCUAAAGUAGAAGAAGACACAGAAAUGCUGUCUGACAAAGAUUUUGAAGACAACAACAAUUCCAGUAAAAAGGAACAUGGCUGCAAAGAAAAUGAAGCCAAGGAUAUUUUAGAAAUGCCGAAGUCCAAUUCUCAGAAUUCUUCGGCUGCCGAUUCCGAGGAUUCAAAUGGCUUGGAAACCUUAUGGGAGCAUCAAGAUUUGAUAGAACAGCUCAAGAUGGAGUUGAAAAAGGUCAGAGCAACAGGUCUGCCAACCAUUUUAGAAGAAGACGAAUCACCGAAAAUAAUGGAAGAUUUGAAGCCAUGGAAAAUUGAUGAGAAGUUCCAGCAUGAAGAUAGAAUGAGUGAGCUUCACAAGUUCUACAAGAGUUACAGAGAAAGAAUGCGGAAAUUCGAUAUCUUGAAUUACCAGAAGAUGUAUGCAAUGAGCUUUCUCCAAUCAAAGGACCCACUUGAAUCGAUUACAAGGCGUGAAGCUUCAGCUCCAGCAUUGACAUCCCUUCUUUCGCAGAAAUUCCUGCUAAGCAAGCGCAAAAAGUCCAGUUCUGACCCGAUGGUGAACUUUAUUAGGGAAUUGCAUAACGAUUUGGAAGUGGUGUAUGUUGGGCAACUGUGCCUCUCAUGGGAAAUCCUUCAUUGGCAGUAUGAAAAAGCGCUAGAGCUAUGGGAUUCUGACCCUUAUGGGAUGCGACUCUACAACGAAGUCGCUGGUGAAUUUCAACAGUUUCAAGUGCUGUUGCAGAGAUUUAUAGAGAAUGAACCUUUUGAAGGUCCAAGGGUACAAAAUUACAUCAAGAAUCGAUGUGUGCUGCGUAAUCUCCUUCAAGUUCCAGUAAUAAGAGAGGACAGUAUGAUGGAUAAAAAGGCAAGAGGAAAAGGGAAAGAUGGUGAUUCAAUUACAAGUGAUAUGCUAGUAGAGAUCAUGGAAGAAUCAAUAAGAAUUUUUUGGCAAUUUGUUCGAUCUGAUAAAGAUGCAGAAAAGGUGAUAUCAAAGGGUCGCAAGGGAACUCAAAUAGAACCCCAAGAUCCCACUGAACGAGAGCUAUUGACAGAAGUUCGAACAAGUCUUCAAAAGAAGGAGAAAAGGCUUAAAGACAUUUGGAGAAGCGGAAACUGCAUAUUGAAGAAGUUCCAAAAACAUCGAGGGGACAAUUCUGAUCAAGUUCUUUGCUUCUUCUCUCAAGUGGAUAUAAAUUUAGUAUCAAGGGUUCUGAACAUGUCCAAAGUAACAACGGAUCAACUACUGUGGUGUCACAAUAAAUUGAGCAAGAUAAAUUUUAUUAACCGGAAGAUCCAUGUAGAACGUUCAUUUUUGCUUUUUCCAUGUUGAUAAUAGCAUGCCCACUGCAUAUAAGAUAUCUUAUGAGAAAAGGAAAAGGAAUUUUGCAUUUUUUCUA